AUGAAGCUUGUGGCCGCUGUCGCAGUCCCAGGACUGACAGUUUUCGCCCUGGGUGUUCCGUACUUUCAAGGCGUUUCUGCCGGGCCCACGAGACGCGGGAAAACACUUCAACAGCGUGCGUCCGCUUACACAGCGCAAGCAUCAGAUCACUACGAAGGUGGAGAAUACUACAAUCAACGUGGAACUUCUCAUUAUUUUCAGUAUGAGGGAGCUGAGGAGCAAUAUUCCCCUAAAUACCAUGGCGGCAAGAAAGGCGGGUACACAACAACUACAACAUUGCCCCCUCUCCCAGUCCAAAUGGUCACGGAAUGCUUCAGAGUUCCGUACAGCAUCAAUAAGACAUGCUACAAAGACGAGAUUGUAAGCACUCCAUACGACUGUCCUUCAUCGGGUUCUGAGGAGAUCUGUCGUGCAGUCCAGCAGGAAAUGCCGGACACAUGCUAUCGCAUAGUCCCUCGAGAAGUUCAGUAUGAGUGUCCCAAGGCACAGAAUCAGAGAUUGUGUUCCCAGAUGCCCGUUACUAUUGCAAAAACCUGCCAGAAGGCAAAGCGAGAAAAAGUCCUGAGCAGCUGCCCGAAAACGCUAGUCGUGCCUGAAUGUGAGGUUCAGUCGCGCGCCGUUCCCGACACGUGCUACGAGUCGAAGGCUGUCACUGAGGAGUAUGAGUGUUGGGGGACGGAGACGGCUAUGGAAUGCGACGUGGAGAUGCACGAGUAUGAAGGACAGUGCACGCGAGAAGUGCAAGUCCCCGUGCCCUACGACUACACCGAGACUGUCGCUGAGAAGCAAUGCUCGAAGAAAAUGCAUACGAAGCAAGGUGUAUGUAUGAAGACGAUUCAGGAAGAGGAGCAGUAUCCUUGCCCUGAGACAAAGUGGGAGAAAAGAUGUACUCCAACGAGUAAAUUGGUUCAGGAGCCUUGUGAGAAACCCAUCGUUGCCCAGGAAACGUACGACUGCAGUGAAACCCGCAAGGAACAUGUUUCAAAGACGUGCUCUCGCCGGGUUCCUAAGAAGACCGUCGUUGAACGUUGUGAUGCCCCGCAACCCAAGAAGUAUGAACACUACCCAACAGGCAAGAAGCUGCGUCGUCUGGGACCACAAAAGAAAGGCAGUUUAUGUCGAGCAGUAGAAAUGGUCACUGAGGAGAUCGAAACCUACCCUUGCACGGAAGAGGUCGCCGUCGUCGUCCCAAAGGUCUGUUCGCGCGACGUAACUCGCACGGUUACUCAAAUGUGUAACCGACAGGUGGCCGACGAGAGUUGCAGUAUGGAAUCUGUCGCUGUCCCAAAGAUGUGCUCUCGACAGGUUUCGAAAAAUGUCGAGGUUCCGUGCAAUAGCCAGAAGGAAGAAGAAGUGUGCAACGAUGUUCCGCGCCAUGUGGCGAAAAAAGGUUACCGGUUCGAGACGAAAGUGGAGACCUAUGCGUGCCCGAAGCAGGAGUUCGUUGAGCGAUGCUAUGAAGUCAAACGCCCUAAGAGAAAUAUCUGCCAGGCUACCAUAUUUGAAACGGAAGCGAAAGCGUGCAGCCGCCAAGAGUUUCAAGAGGUCUGUCACGACAAGGAACAAUUGGUUGCUCAGCCGUGUUUGGAGGAGCAGGAGACGCAAAUCGACAUCCCCUGCCAUGACCACACGACCGAAGAGAAAUGCAUCAAUGUCCCGGUAUACACCAUGGGUCUCUGCUCGACGGUCAUCGAAGAGGUUGAGGAGUACCCGUGUUCGAAGAAGGAACCCGCGAUUCAAUGCCAAAAUAUGCCCACAGAGCGUCUCGGGACGUGCUUCCGUGAUUCAACUCACACUGUGCCGUACGAUUGCUAUGAGAAGGCUUACGAGGAGAAGUGUGUCCAGCUGCCUGUGACCCAGCCUCCGGCGUCGAAGCCUCAGAAGAAGAAGCCGGCGAAAAAGUGA